AUGUUGUUGUGUGUGCUUCAUGGUGAGGAUGGUCAGUGGGAAGAUAUAAAUGAGUCUACUGAUGAGGAAGCAAAGGAAGGUGGAACGGAAGACGACAGCAAAGGAAUUGGCGGCUCAGGGGAUGAUGAAAGUGAGGAGGAUAUUGUCCUUGGAGAAUUGUCAAGUGGGCCCGACUCAGAGCAAGACGCAGCUUCUGGCGAACGGGAAUUUUAUAGCAUCAAUAAAAGUGAUAAGAUAUGGUUUGUCUUUCAAAGCGAUUCAGAGGAAGAAAAAUUAUAUGGUUUUGAUUGAGUUUGCAAACAGUUGAUGUUCUUAAAAUUUAAUGCAGGUCGCUAUAACAAAAUCUAAUAAAUCAGUGUAGUAUAAUAUAUAAAUAUUUGUUAAUUUUUGCAUUAGUUACCAGUCUUUCCAUGUCUUGCUGAUUCAACAGAGACCUGGAACAUAGUAUUGAAUGACCUCUCGAAUCGUCUCGCGAAUGUGUUCUCAACACAU